UGCUGUGCCAUGCGCAUGCGCGGGGCUGUCUGGCGCGCGCCAUAUUGGAAUUCCACUGGAGUUUCUCUGAUAAACUUUUUCACAUUCAGAGCAACUUCCACCCCUAAAAAUGCGCCUUAAAAAGUUCUUGCUGCGUUAUUAUCCGCCUGGGAUUAUUCUUGAGUAUGAACAGUCAGGUGUUUUGAAAACCAAGUCUAUUGAUCUUCUUGAUUUGAAACCAAGCACUGACGUGGAUGCUAUACUGGAUGAUAUAUCCGCUAAAGAGCCCCUAAUUACCCCUGCAAGACUGGACCAAGUGCGCAAACUCAUUAUCCGUCUUCAAGAAAAACAAAUUGAAACAGAUGAUAGACAUUUCUACCUUUUUAAGAUUCUCAGAGCUCAUAUUCUACCACUAACCAAUGUUGCCUUCAACAAGUCUGGAACAAGUUUUAUCACAGGGAGCUAUGAUAGGACUUGUAAAGUAUGGGACACUGCCUCUGGUGAGGAGACCUUGACGCUUGAAGGACACAAAAAUGUGGUAUAUGCCAUAGCAUUCAACAACCCAUAUGGUGACAAGAUAGCAACUGGAUCCUUUGACAAGACCUGCAAGCUAUGGAAUGCUGAGACUGGAAAGUGUUAUCACACUUACAGAGGACACUCUGCUGAAAUUGUCUGCUUAGCAUUUAACCCUCAAAGUACUGUCAUAGCCACUGGAAGCAUGGACACAACUGCUAAACUCUGGGAUGUCCAGACUGGAGCAGAAAUCUCUACACUUUCUGGUCAUUCAGCAGAGAUUAUUUCCUGUGCAUUCAACUCUACUGGUACCCAGCUACUGACAGGGUCUUUUGACCACACUGUUAGUGUUUGGGACACACGUAGUGGAAGACGUGUGCAUACUUUAAUUGGUCACAGAGGAGAGAUUUCCAAUGCGCAGUUCAACUUCGACUGUUCCUUUAUUGUCACUGGAUCAAUGGAUAAAACAUGUAAGAUAUGGGACGCAGGGACUGGUAAAUGCAUAGGAACAUUGAGGGGCCAUGAUGAUGAAGUACUAGACGUGGCAUUUGACUAUACAGGCCAACUGAUUGCUACUGCUUCAGCUGAUGGCACCGGACGUGUGUACAAUGCGCUGACACACCACUGCCUGUCCAAACUAGAGGGUCAUGAGGGAGAGAUAUCAAAGAUCACGUUUAACGCACAGGGUACUCGCCUGCUCACCGCUAGUAGCGACAAAACCGCACGACUCUGGGACCCCAACACGGGGAAAUGCUUGCAGGUUCUUGAGGGUCAUACAGACGAAAUCUUCAGCUGUGCUUUCAACUACGAUGGCGACAUCAUAAUUACAGGAAGUAAAGACAACACUUGCCGAUUAUGGAGAUAAUGAGAUAUUAUAAAAUGGUGAUGUUGAAGAAGAUGAUAAUGAUGACGGCAAGCAAUUCACGAACGGAACAAGCUACUUAUCUCCGCUAGUUGAAUAGACAUAUGGGAUCCCGCAAUCUACGGGUCACACCCGAACUGUCGCGCGUGCACUCCAGACAAAUCAGGCUUUUACAAAGCAACCCUGAGCCCGCCAUAAGUAAUUGCGGUCAUGCGCGUCCAGCAUUCAAAAUCGGGCAUCGAUGUUCUUGUUUCCACAUCUCCUUCGGCGUAAUUUGAUCCGCGCGAUUUACUAACGAGAAGUAUUUAAUUCCCUGGGACCUAAUGGUGAACAUGGAUACGUUGGGUUAGAUUGGCGAACUGCAUGUGAACGCUGCUUGAGACAGUGCUGUCUAAAUGCGUUAUAGAAAAAAAAACCUUUGUAUAAUUCUAUAUUAUUAUAUUUUAAUUACAAAAAUUAAACUAGAGUUCUAUGAUUAA